AUGGAGAAGCAGGCAUACUGGCAGUGGCAGCCUGCCAGGCAUGUGACAUUCCGUGCUCUGGCUUCUCACUUACCCCCGUGUCAUCCGAUCCCUGUCAGGUCGCGGUCUCCUACCCGCUCACUGCAAUUCAGCAGGCGGUUCACGCCCAAGGAGGUGGAGGCCGCCACGCGCGGCUUCACCGCGGUGUUUCAGGGCGGCGCCGGCGGACCAGGCGGCACGGCGUACAGGGCGCGCUUCGCCGGCGGCCUCGUCGCCACCGUCAUCCGGCGCCGCGACGAUGACCGCGGCCAGGGAGAGAGAGGGACGGACGCCUUCUACCUGGAGCUGCAGCUGCUGGCCCGCCUCAACCACCGCAACGUCGUCAGGCUGCGCGGCUUCGCCCAAGGCCACCACGCCAGGCCCGUCCCUCCGACUCCGACCCUCUCGCCUCUGCUCUGUGGUGCUGAUUGGUUCCUUGUCUUCGAUCACAUGGAGAACAGGAGCCUCAAGGAAUGCCUCCACGAUCCUCUCAGGACGCCGCUGGACUGGCGGACCAGGCUGCAGGUCGCCAUUGACAUCGCGGCAGCACUGGAAUACCUCUACUACCACUGCGACCCCCCGGUGUUCCACGUCUCCGUCAACUCCGGCAACGUGCUCAUGGACGCCAACUUCGUCGCCAAGCUGUCGGAUGUCGGCGUGAUCAGCCACGACGUCAAGCUCGCAACCACCGAUUCCUUCCAAGACCAGGUUGAGCAGAGGCGGGCGGGCCUGGUGUUCCAGUACGGCGUGCUGGUGCUGGAGCUGGUGACGGGGCAGUCCCCGGGCGGCGACGGCGAGCUCGUGCGCUGGGUGCAGGACCCCGGCUUCGCCGCCUCCGUGGACAGGAUGGUGGACGCCGACCUCGGCGGCGUCUACGACGCCCGGGAGCUCCGGGACCUCGUCGUCGUCGCCAGGCUCUGCACCAGGGACAGGGACGGCGGCGCUGGUGGCGCCGUCGUCACCAUACCGCACAUCGUCAGGUACCUCCAGGCGAAGCUGGAGCGGAUCGGAUGCCAGGACAGGUUCGGAUGA